AUGGCGUCUAUAAGACACUUUGCCGACCCACACCACCCGCUUCUGGAGACGCAGUACAGCCAUGAUCAGACUGGCCGCUGCAGCAUCUGCCUUCUCAAACUCGCCGGCCACAGGGGCUACGGCUGCUACUUCUGCAACAUCCACCUCCACGGUGCGUGCGCCGGUUACUUCGAGGAGACCAUCUCCUUCUUCGCGCACCAGUCUCACGCCCUCAAGCUAAGCCGCAGCAGCCCUGGACGGGUCUGCGACAUCUGCAGAGGGGAUUGCCCUGAGGGGAGCUUCGUGUACCGCUGCUUCGGCUGCCGCUUCGACGCGCACCCUCUCUGCGGGAUGCUCCCAGAGAGAGUCGGUAACCCUUUCCAUCCGGAGCAUGAGCUCUGUAUGGUCUCUUCGGAAUCACCUGGGAGCUGCUCGGCCUGCCACCAUCCUUUACCCAAGUGGCGCUACACCUGCUCUUCCUUUGAACUACACGUUGGGUGUGCCAUUGACCCGCCGCCCACCGCUGCCGGCGGUCAGGGUAGCAACGGCCAUGCGGCGGCCUUCAAGGGCAGCUACGCCUACGGUGGCGCCCAAGGUAGCCAUGGAGCUGCCGGCCAGCACAGCCUUGGAGGCCCUGCAGGCCAAGGAUGGUGGUAUCCGUACCACGGACCUGUCACCCCAGGCUACUACCAUGUCAUCCAAGGUGGAUAUGGAUACGGCCAUCCUGUCCAGCAGGGCAGCUCCUACGCCUCUUUCAUGCCUGGCGCCGGCCACGGUGCUACCGGCAGCAGUGGACAGAGCACUCCCCACCACCCGGGCGGCCUGAUGAGUGCCAUAGCCAGGUUUCUCCUCAGAGUCGCGAUCAACGCGACAGUCAACGAAUUCGCAUCCCAACUUGUGUUUGGGGGCUGA